ACAAAAGAUCUAGCAUGCAGAGGCUGAAAGUUGCGUACAAUGAUGCUAUCCUUUUAAAAAAAAUACCCAGAGAGGGCAGUGCCAGUCAGAUGUUGGUCCCUGCAGCAGGAGUGAGCACAUUCCAUGCACUUUUAAGAAUCAUGAAACGAUUGGAGGAAUCUCGGAACAGUAUCGUUGUGGUACUUGUAAAUCCCACUCUGAGCUGUGCUCGCUAUUCCUCCAGCAUGAGGCUGAAAUGUUUGUAACUGACUUUUUAUAUUUUUGUAUUGUAUUUGUCUUGGGCUAUUUAUGGACCGGAGUCUGAAAUAAAGUUUUCAUAUCAUAUAUCAUAUAAUCUAUCUCCUGAUAUCGAAAGUAUAAUUAAAUAUACAUAACUACUAUACAUCAUUAAUAUAUAAAAAUGACACAUGCGCGUUGGGGUCUUGCGUCCACCAGGGGGCGCCGCUGCACCAUAUCUCCACCACAUGGGAGUCAUCACCCGGAGGACUGAUGAUGUCUGGGUGUCGUGUUGUCGGGUAGAGAGGCUCUGCAGGACGGGCAGGAGAGCCGGUGACUGUCGGGUGGUUCUUUUUCUUUUAGCAAACAAAGUUCUGGAAAUAACCGUGAGGAUGGAGGAACCGAGAACGGAAUAAGACCCGGUUCACCUGAAGAACGGAAUAUGACCCGGUUCACCUGUGGAGCGGAAUAAGACUGGUUAUUCUGCGGAGCGGAAUAAGACCCGGUUCAUUGUGGAGCCAGCGCAUCCAUGCGGGGGUUCUAGGAGAUUCUCUGGGGGGUCGUCGGAGCGCGGAGGGGUUGCUGCUGAACCGGACUCCGGGAGGUCGGGAUCCUAAAGACGGAGCGAUGACCUGGCUGAAGGAGGUGGACCGCUGGCCCGGGGGAACCCGGGACCCGGACCGGGACCAGGACCGGGACCAGGGGGACCCGGACCUCCAGGGAGAGCUGGUCCAGGUGGUCCUGGAGGGGGGGUCUCCGUGGGGCUUCACCCUGAAGGGAGGGCGAGAGCACCGGGAACGGCUCAUCAUCACCAAGGUGGAGGCGGGCCCCGGGGCCGGGGGCCUCCAGGUGGGGGACGAGGUGGUCCAGGUGGGGGGGGUCCCGCUGGGGGGCUGGAGGCAGGAGGCCAUCGCCAUGGUGAAGAGCGCCCAGCGCACCCUGGUGCUGGGGGUCCGACGGAGGGAUGAGGCCACCUCCCACACCCCGUCCUGGCAGACCUCCAGGCUGAGCCAGGACCCCCCCGACCCCAAAGCGCCCAGAGAGGUUCCGGGCCCCGGGGGCCCCACAAGCCAGCGCUGCCCCUCCAUGGAGAGACCUGACCGCCCUAGAGACCCCUACCAGUCCGGCCCCCCGCCCCCAAACGCCCUGGACCCCCCGCCUGGGGGGCCCCCCUCCAGGGCCCCUGACCCCGGGUGGCCCCCCUCCAGGGACUCCGGCUUCAGCUGCUUCUCGGGGUCCUCCAGCCCCCCCGAGCCCGACCACGCCUUCCCCCCGCCCCGCCGGGGCCCCGGUUCCGAGGACAUGUUCUUCAAGGGCCCGCCCAGCGAGGGGGCCCCCGGCCCGGCGGAGCGCCCCCCCUGGUACCUGCAGCCGGCCCUGGGGACCAGAGGCUGGGAGCGGCCCCGCGCCGAGGACCGGGGGCCCGUCCCGGGGGGCCGGGGGGGCGCAGGGCCCCUGUGGCAGGUCCCGGAGAGGAGCCGGCCCCGCGGCCCCCCCCUGCCGCUGGCCCCCCCGCAGCGCAACGACAGCUUCGCGGCCACCAGGGUGUUCCCCUACGUCGACGGGCCCCUCGCCCACCGGCGGGGCCCCGGCGGCCGGCCGGAGGAGGGGCCCCCCGGGGCCAAGGACCUCCUCCGCCCGGAUGUGGCCCCGGGCCCCCGUCCCGGACGCCUGCCCCCCCCAGGCCGGCUUUUCUCCAGCUCCAGCACCGACGUGCGUCAGGGGGGCCCCUCCUACGCGGCCCUACUGGCCCGGCACCACAGGGGCCACAGCGACGAGACCCCCCUGCCCCCCCGGGGCCCGGGGCCCCCCCGGGCCUCGUUGCCGCAGAGCGUGGGGAGCUACUACCGCAGCCUGCAGGACAUCCCGGCCGACGCCCGCCGGCCCCCCGGGGCCCCCGCCGCGCUCUCGGCUUUGGGGGCCUUGCUGGACCCCGUCUCGGGGAGCGGGGGCCCGGUCCGGUACGGCGGCCCCCCGGCCAGGGGGGGGGCGGUGGAAGACCCCCGGAAAGACCCCGGCUCGGCUCCGCCCCCGUCCCAGACCCCCUGCUUGGACCCCCAGGACCGCAGACCCCCCUCAGGUCAGGGGGAGGUCGGUCCCCCAAAAAACCCCGGAACCCCGGACCCCUGGGUCCCUCAGGAGGACCGCCGCAUCUCCCGGACCGGGACCCCCUUCCUGCACUCCCUGGCCCAGGAGGGCCGCGCCCUGCUACCGAGGGCCCCGCUUGUCGCCGGCUGCAAUGCCCCGCCCGCCACGGAGACGGGGAGGCCCGGGAGCCUGGUCGCCAGGCAACCGCAGGCAGCUUCCGUCGGCACCCCCUCAGGUGAACCCCGGGGCCCCCGGUUCCUCGGGGCCCCCGGCUCCGGGGCCGGUCUGGGGGCCCCUCACUCCGGGGCCGGCAAAGGGGUCCCCGGCUCCGGUCUGGGGGCCCCCGGCAUAGGGGCCGGUCUGGGGGCCCCUCCUUCCGGGGCCAAUCUGAUGGUCCCCGGCUCCGGUCUGGGGUUCCCCGGCUCCGGGACGGGGGGCCCCAGGCCGGUCCGCAGGGGGCAACGCUAUGCCACCGCCCUGAGACAGCAGGUCCAGACGAAGAGGGCCCAGCUGCUGAAGAGCCGCAGCGCCGCUCCCCUGACCUGUGAGGGGCAGGGGGGGGGGGAGGAGGAGGAGGAGGAGGGUGGGCAGGAGGGGCAGGAGGGGCAGGGGACCACCUCCGCCUGCUCCUCCUCCUACAAGGACCACCUGAAGGAGGCGCAGGCCCGCGUGCUGCAGGCCACCUCCUUCCAGAGGCGGGACCUGGGGCCGCCGGGCCCCGAUGGGAGGGCCCCCCCCCUGCCGGCCCGGGUCGGGCGCCGGAGGCGGCCCCCCCGGAGGGUGCACUCCUUCUCCGAGCCGGACAAGAUGGACCGGGUUGGCCGGGGGGAGGAGUCCCGCGGGGUGGAGGGGGGCGGGAGGAGGUCGGCCUUCGCCAGACCCCUCCUCAAGACCGGACCGCGGGGGUCCACAGCAGACCCCCGCGGUGAUCCCGGGCCGGGACUGGACCGGGGGACCUCUGCGUCCCGGGACGUGGACCCCGGGGUCCCGGACCAGCCUCUGCGGGACCGGGACCAGAGGCUCGGGACCUUCGCUGAGUACCAGGCCACCUGGACCUCCGCCAGGAGGCCGGCGGGGGUCCCGGCCAAGGGGAGGUACCGGUCCGCAGAGGACAUCCUGGAUCCCCAGCCCGACCACGCCGCCGCCGCCUGCGUCCACGAGCGGUCGCGCUCGUCGCCCUCGGCGGACCUCUGCUUGUCCACGAAGGGCUCUGGUCCCUGGGGAGACGCCGGGAACCCGGCCGGGACCACACUGCACGACGCCCCGCAAGGCAGCUGGCCCCACGGGUCUCUGGGCGCCGCCGCAGCGCUGCAGUCCUCAGAGCCAGAGGCCCCGCCCAUCCCCCUCGACCACGCCCCCAGCCCCGCCCCCUCAGAGGAGGCGGGACCCUGUGAGGGCAGCCCCCCCACCAGGACGGCCCCCGUGAGGAUCGUCCAAUCAGAGUGCUCGGAGCGGGAGGAGGAGGAGGCCCAGCGGGAGCGGCUGUGCCAGGCCAUCGGGGUUCGGGACCGGGCCCUGGCUGAGGUCCUGGACCGGCGCGGGAUGCGGACCACCAUGGACCUGAUGGAGGGGUUGUUCCCCCAGGAGGGGCCCCCCAGGGACCAGCGCCGCAGGGGCCCCGUGGGGCCCCGGCCGGCCGCCGAGGACCCCCCCGGGCCCCUGGUCCCCAGCUCCUCCUACUACAGCACCUCGGCCCCCAAGGCAGAACUCCUCAUCAGGAUGAAGGACCUACUCCUGGAGGAGGAGCCGGAGGAGCAGGGGGAGGAGCCGGACCAGCAGGACCUGGUCCUCAAGAAGAGGGCGCUGAUCCUCAGCCUGGCCCAGAAGCUGUCGGUGCUGCGGGAGGCGCGUCUGGGCCUCCAGGAGGAGCUGCAGCAGAACGAGGCCCUGGGUCGGGAGGUGGAGGCGGGGGUCCAGCGGCUCUGCCCCCCCCACCAGCUCGACAAGUUCCGCAUGUUCGUGGGCGACCUGGACAAGGUGGUCAGCCUGCUGCUGUCGCUGGCCGGCCGGCUGGCCCGCACCGAGAUCGCCCUGGGGGCCGCCGGGGAGGGAGCCCCCGACACGGGGGAGAGGAGGACCCUGGAGGAGAAGCGUCUGCUGCUCCUCCGUCAGCACGCCGACGCCCUGGAGCUGAAGGCCAACCUGGACCGGCGGGAGUGCGUGGUGAGCCGGGUGAUGGAGGCCCGGCUGGACCCCGGGGCCCUUGAGGACUACCGGCACCACGUCCGCAUGAAGGGGGCCCUCGCCACCGAGCGGCGCCUGCUGGACGACCGGCUGAAGCUGGGCGCAGAGCAGCUGGCCUGCCUCAUGGACAGCCUGCCCCCCGACCAGAGGCCCCUCCUGGGGGCCCUAGACCCGGGGCCCCGCUGGGUCUAGGAACAGGACCGGGACCGGGACCCAGCAGCUGGCCUGCCUCAUGGACAGAGGGGCCCCACGCCUGGGGCCCCUGUGUGUGUGUGUGUGUGUGUGUGUGUGUGUGUGUGUGUGUGUGUGUGUGUGUGUGUGUGUGUGUGUGUGUGUGUGUGUGUGUGUGUGGGUGGUAAUUUAUUGUAGCCUACAGAUUGUUUUUGUUUUGCUGACGAAGAACGACUUUAGGAGAUUAUUAUUAUUCCAAUAGUAUUAUUGAUUACCUAGAAGUUUUCCUGCUGUUAAAGUAUUAUCCUUUCUACAUUGAGAACGAUAACUAUAUAUAUCUAUGUAUUUAUUUAUUUAUAUCUAUAAAUGAUUCCGUAAUUAUAUCCUCCUAUUGUUGAUGCAGACUUUUUGUUUUAAUUUUUAAUAAUAAAACCAGU